CAUAGGGUUUUGAAGAAUCUGAAUCUAAUAGAUUGGUUAACGAAGAAGUAGAAGUUAAUAAUGCUCCAGAAUUACAUUGUUCCAGAGAAAGAAGUCGAGCAGCUUGGCAGAUUAUACAAGAUAGAUCAGGAGCAGCAUAAGAUUCAUGUUGAUGUCUUCGAAUGGAAAUGUGGUUACUGCAAGAAAAGUUUCAAUGAUGAGAAAUUUCUUGACAAGCAUUUCAGCACUAGACAUUAUAAUCUUUUGAAUACGACUGAUACAAAGUGUUUGGCCGACCUGUGUGGUGCAUUGCAUUGCGACUUUGUAUUGAGCUCUAAGAAACCAAAGAGCAAGUGCAACCCUGCUGCUGUUGCCAAAAACCGUCAUCUCUGCGAGAGCGUUGCCAAUAGUUGUUUCCCAGUGAGUCAAGGUCCCUCAGCUAGCCGUCUCCAUGAACACUUUUUACGCCAAUUCUGUGAUGCUCAUACCUGCACUGGAAAAGAUAAACCGUUUCCUAGAGGAGGCAAGAAGAAAUCGGGUGUCUUCUACCUCGCCAUUUCAAUAUUGACCUUGAUGCUACUCCCACUCUUUUAUCUUCUAGUCUUCUUAUAUCAAAGAGAAAAGAGAAGCGGAACACAAGAGUUGCGUCGGAUUAGAAAAACUGGAAAAAAACCAAAACCUUCAUAAUAUGGUGAGCUUCAGACUGUUCAUGAGAGAGCAAAAGGUGUUCAAAUUCGAUAUUGGUUUGGUGUGAAUCACAAGUCUCUCACAUUACUUCUCCUUCUCGAACCAGAUACUUAUGAUUCCCAAAAGAGAGUGUUUCGUUGGGGUUAUGAAGCUAGUUGCUAUGGAUAUCAGAUGGAUUACAUAGACAAAUGAUUUCUCUGUAAGCUUGUAGAAACAGAUGAUUCCUUCCACAAUAUAGGAAUAGUGAUUAG